AUGAGUAAAAGUGUAGAAAAGGAACAAGAAAAAGAAUUGAAGGUAGAAGAACAUAAUAACAAUAUCAUUCAGUUGACACAAGAACAAUUCAUUAUGUUGCUAAACAGAGUACCGACAACAUCUGCUAUGUCGAAUAAAAAUUUUACGCGUUGCUCCUCGCUGUUUUAUGGAGAACGCGACGACCAUAUUAAGGUGGAACAAUUCGUCGACGCUAUUUGCAUAUUUAAAGAUGUGGAGAAGAUGACCGAUGACGAAGCCUUAAUCGGAUUACCCAUGCUCCUUAAAGGUGAGGCAACGAAAUGGUGGCAAGGUGUUCGCUCGGAUAUCAAGACUUGGUCUGCGGCACUACAAGGGUUGAAGUCCGCCUUUGCUCCUAAACGACAACCUCAUGACAUCUACAUAGAACUCUUUGCGACUACCCAAGGUAAAAAUGAGACCAUUGAUGAGUUUUUAUGCCAAAAAAGGGCACUUCUUGGCCUACUACCACCAAAACGCCAUAAGGAGGAAGAAGAGUUAGAUUUUGUUUACGGUUUGUUACGAAGCGACCUGAAAAAAGUAAUUGCACGAACAGAUGUUAAAACUUUUCAACAGUUGUUAGAUAAAGCCCGUCACCAAGAGAGCCUGGCUAAAAACGACGAGAUACUACCCUCAUCAAGUAAUAUGCCGCCACCACCUCCACCUACAAGAGGGAAUAAACGUUGCGCAUAUUGCUCCAAGAAGGGACAUGUACUGGAAAACUGCCGCAAACGUCAAUCGGAUUUGACAGCAAGAGAGUUAAAACCGGUCAUAAACUGUUAUGGAUGUGGAGCACCGGGUGUUUUUCGUAGCAACUGCCCAACGUGCAAGUCCAAAGACUCUCCACCAAAACCUGUGUCUUUUUACAAAAUCGAAACGACUUUGGAAGAUCACAUUAAGAUACCUACAAUCGAAAUAAACAUCAAAGGUGAACCGGGUUACGCUUACAUAGACACAGCGGCUCGCACAAAUAAACCAAAUGAUGUGUUUUACUUCUCACAAAUUCGGAACACCAAGAUACCAAUUGUGAAGGCAAUCAAGAAAAUAGAUUUUGCCAACCCGACAUCGGAAAACGAGGGACUCUCAAAAUUCCUUGACUGGGCUAGGGAUCUAAGGAUGCUGUCUCCACUGCCUGCUACUCCUUCACCGCCUAAGGAAGACGACAAAGGCGCAUCCCCAACAAAGAGACCUCCUUUACUGCAGGGGGAGGGCGACCAAGAGCAUCCUAUUGAAUACGCAAGUCGCCUGUUAUCUCCAGCUGAAAGGAAUUAUACAGUAACUGAGAAAGAAGCACUAGCAAUCGUUUAG